AAGCUAGCACAGGUCAUGGGCAUCCAUCGUAAUACCUUGCGCUCCUACUUGAAGCAGAACAAUGUUAGCUAUAAGUAUAGCCUGAUCUCAGAUGCAGACCUGGAUCAAGCUGUUCGAGAAUUUCGUCAGAUGAAGCCAAAUUCUGGGGUUCGCUAUCUUACUGGCCAUUUGCGACAGUUGGGCUUGUGGAUACAG